UUUUUAGUUAGGCUACUAAUUAUUUUAAAAUUCUCCAAAUUAACUUAGCUUUUAAAAAGUUUCACUGACGGAACAGAACGAUUCUAAGAGACACAAUUUGAUGAGAAAACCGAUUUCAUUGUUUACAAAUGGUGAUCAAUUUUAAUUCAUGAGAUAAUUUUAAUCCAUCGCUCUUAAUAUUUUCAUUUUAAAACUGGCUGCAAUGGUCAAUAACGCAGCAGUAGAGGCCAUCUGCUCUGCGACGUAUUUAUCAAAUUACCUCGACACGAUGGAGACAUUGCCGGACGAUCUCCAGAGGAACAUUUCUCAAAUGAGGGAGUUGCACAUCAGAAGCAAAGCAAUUUUGGAAGAAAUAAAAAAUCUACGAAAUGCUGCUAUGAAAGAGAGUGGAUCGUCAAAAAAGUCUUGCCUGGCCUUACAAAGAGCACUGAUUCACUGUCAGGAGAUUGGAGAUGAAAAGAUUGCCCUCGUCCAGCUGAUCACAGAUUUAAUAGAAAACCGCUCACGACAGCUAGAUCAGGACAGAGAGCACUUGGAUCCUGGGUCUACGAAAGAGCCAGAGCCUGAAGAAAUCGUCAUUCCUGUAGUAAAGAAAGAAACAAAAGCAGAGCCUGAAAAGAAUGAGAAAAAUAAUUCAACUAAGCGUCAAAGGAGAACAAAAGCAGAAGUUAACGAGGAAGAUACUAAAGAGGAAAAAGAUAAAGCGCCUAAGAAGAAAAAGAAGCGGAAAGUUGCGAAGAAAGAGGCCAACGGCGAUGACUCCCCACUAGACUUCCAAAUAGACCCCAAUGAGCCAACGUAUUGCUCCUGUAAUAACAUUUCUUAUGGAGAAAUGAUAGGGUGUGAUAACGAAAAGUGUGUUAUAGAAUGGUAUCACUUUGGCUGUGUUGGACUGCGCACAAAACCCAAGGGAAAAUGGUACUGCCCAGAAUGUAGGGGAGACAAAUCAAAUGUCAAAAGACCAGACAAAUAAAGGAAAAAAAAACAAUAUCUGUAGGUUUUUAUGUUUGUAAAAAAGAAUGCAAUGCAGACUUGAGGAUUUGCAGCAAGUCACUGAAGUAUCGGAGGAUCCUGCGUAUUAUUUUACUGGAUAAUUUAUGAAGGGAGAUGAGCAAUAAGUAACAUUCACUUUAAGAAAUGUGUAUUUCCCUUAAAUGAGACGGUAUCUUAAUAUUAUUUUAAACCUAAUAAAAUUUACGAAUUCAGGACCAAUCCAUUAUUUUGUAAUUCUUUGCAUUAAUUCUCGCAGCUUAUGACAACAGAACAAGGUUUGCUGAUGUACUGUAACUAUUGAAUAAUUUGCAUUUAUACAUUGUUUAAUCACAUAAGUUAUUUACUUCAGGGCGGUAAUCUUCUUCCUCCACCUUACUCCCAACAUUUUGUUACUGAAUUAAUUUACUAUUGAAUUAGACAUAAAGGACUACUUUGUUAUUGUGAUAUAGAGAAUAUUCAGUGAAGGAUAUUGCUGCCUAGGGUAAGGCACCCAGUCAAAGCAGUGAAUCUCAAGAGGCUGACUGAUAACACGUUUUCUUUUAAUCAACUCAGUUUUUAACAUUUUCACCUGAAUCAGUUUCCAAGUAAAAUAAAAGGUUUUUUUUUUUAUAUUUUAUAAACCAUUUUUUAAAAACAGCUGGGUGGUUUAAAAAUACAAAGAUUUUUAUUUGGUGUAAUAUAGGCUUCUUAUACACAUGAUGUCAAGUUUGACGUGUACUGUAAUUACAAAUGUGUGAGAGGAAUGGAUGAUUGCAUACUGUACAGUACAUUUAUGGAAGAGAUAUUAAUAUAUUUUUGUUGAAUCUUUAUGGUUCAUUGGAAUAUAGUUAGUUAUUUGAUAGAAAGAAUGAAAAAUACUGGCCAAAGUUCUGCGUUAGGACUGCAGACGUUUAAUUCUGCCUUAUUUUUUGUGUUGAGAGGUUUUAUUGAUUAGUAUUUGCUAAAGUACAGGACGAAUGAAAAUUUUACUAUCUACAUGAAGUCUGUUCUUUUUGAAAGCUUAAAUUAUACUUUUGAAAAAUUUAAUUCGAUAAGAUUUUCUUAUACUGAAGAGUGUGAUUGUAAAAAUAUAUUGUAUUGUCAGAUGAGGUGAGCAUUUAUGUCCCGCAGAAUAGUUGAGCACCAAGAUUGCUGAAUUAAAGGUUCCAUAAUUAGUUGAAUGCACAUAAUUUUUUCCCCCAAGUUUAGUACUUUUGCUUGUUUACAAAAAAAAUUUCCUAAUUACAAGCACCCCAAAGAUCUUGCACAGCCAAAUACCAUCUUGUUGAAAUAAUUUUUUGUAUUGUUUUUCCAUUUACCAGCAUAUAUGAUGAAGACAAUUUAGCAGAAAUAAAAUGAAAUAUUUCAUUUUACAAUCUAUAGCUUCAUUAAAUUCAAGCAUUUUUUGUGAACGGUCUGUCAACUGUGAAAUACUGUACAUACAAAUUUAUAUAUUGGUAUAAUUGAAUGUGUAAACUUUAGUUAUGUUUUUGUAAACAUUGUUGGAUACUCAACUUCUAUGCUGUUGAAUAUCAAUAAACAGUGUCCAUUUUUUUCUCCCAUAUUUGGGACUGUUAGGUAAGACAUAUGUUUACGUCAUUGUUGGUUUCACUGCAUCUACAUACAUUUUGUUUUAUUUUAUAUCAUUGUCAAAGCCAUUCUAUUAAAACAUGACCA